UCUGCUCUGCUGUGCUCUGCUCUGCUGUACGGUGGCUGUGUCCUGUGUCACAGAGGAAGCAUUGAUCAGACAGCUACUGAGGCUCAAUACACAAUGAGGCCUGGCCCGAGAUCUCUCCUCCUCCUCCCAACCCCCCUCUCCCUCUCCCUGCGUGCCCUGCUCCUGCUCUGCCUUGCUCGUAAGUCACACACACAUGCGCGUGCACACCCACUUGCAUGCGCAAUGCAUGUUCAAUGUGCAUUCACCGAAAAGAUACAUACUGUACAUUCAAACAUACAGUGGGGGAAAAAAGUAUUUAGUCAGCCACCAAUUGUGCAAGUUCUCCCACUUAAAAAGAUGAGAGAGGCCUGUAAUUUUCAUCAUAGGUACAAGUCAACUAUGACAGACAAAUUGAGAAAAAAAUUCCAGAAAAUCACAUUGUAGGAUUUUUAAUGAAUUUAUUUGCAAAUGAUGGUGGAAAAUAAGUAUUUGGUCACCUACAAACAAGCAAGAUUUCUGGCUCUCACAGACCUGUAACUUCUUCUUUAAGAGGCUCCUCUGUCCUCCACUCGUUACCUGUAUUAAUGGCACCUGUUUGAACUUGUUAUCAGUAUAAAAGACACCUGUCCACAACCUCAAACAGUCACACUCAAAACUCCACUAUGGCCAAGACCAAAGAGCUGUCAAAGGACACCAGAAACAAAAUUGUAGACCUGCACCAGGCUGGGAAGACUGAAUCUGCAAUAGGUAAGCAGCUUGGUUUGAAGAAAUCAACUGUGGGAGCAAUUAUUAGGAAAUGGAAGACAUACAAGACCACUGAUAAUCUCCCUCGAUCUGGGGCUCCACGCAAGGUCUCACCCCGUGCGGUCAAAAUUAUCACAAGAACGGUGAGCAAAAAUCCCAGAACCACACAGGGGGACCUAGUGAAUGACCUGCAGAGAGCUGGGACCAAAGUAACAAAGCCUACCAUCAGUAACACACUACGCCGCCAGGGACUCAAAUCCUGCAGUGCCAGACGUGUCCCCCUGCUUAAGCCAGUACAUGUCCAGGCCCGUCUGAAGUUUGCUAGAGUGCAUUUGGAUGAUCCAGAAGAGGAUUGGGAGAAUGUCAUAUGGUCAGAUGAAACCAAAAUAGAACUUUUUGGUAAAAACUCAACUCGUCGUGUUUGGAGGACAAAGAAUGAUGUGUUGCAUCCAAAUAACACCAUACCUACUGUGAAGCAUGGGGGUGGAAACAUCAUGCUUUGGGGCUGUUUUUCUGCAAAGGGACCAGGACGACUGAUCCGUGUAAAGGAAAGAAUGAAUGGGGCCAUGUAUCGUGAGAUUUUGAGUGAAAACCUCCUUCCAUCAGCAAGGGCAUUGAAGAUGAAACGUGGCUGGGUCUUUCAGCAUGACAAUGAUCCCAAACACACCGCCCGGGCAACGAAGGAGUGGCUUCGUAAGAAGCAUUUCAAGGUCCUGGAGUGGCCUAGCCAGUCUCCAGAUCUCAACCCCAUAGAAAAUCUUUGGAGGGAGUUGAAAGUCCGUGUUGCCCAGCGACAGCCCCAAAACAUCACUGCUCUAGAGGAGAUCUGCAUGGAGGAAUGGGCCAAAAUACCAGCAACAGUGUGUGAAAACCUUGUGAAGACUUACAGAAAACGUUUGACCUGUGUCAUUGCCAACAAAGGGUAUAUAACAAAGUAUUGAGAAACUUUUGUUAUUGACCAAAUACUUAUUUUCCACCAUCAUUUGCAAAUAAAUUCAUAAAAAAUCCUACAAUGUGAUUUUCUGGAUUUAUUUUUCUCAUUUUGUCUGUCAUAGUUGACGUGUACCUAUGAUGAAAAUUACAGGCCUCUCUCAUCUUUUUAAGUGGGAGAACUUGCACAAUUGGUGGCUGACUAAAUACUUUUUUUCCCCACUGUACACAUGACGACACACACUAACUUAUAUACAGAUGUAGGAUCUUAAUUUGAUCACCCUGUUGCAGAACUUUUCUGCAAUGCAGGACAUUUUAAACUUGUAGCUAGUGUGUGUGAGGUUUAGAAAGGCUUCUGAAGUUUGUAAUUUCCACUUUGAAAUUUCAGACCUGAUUUUCCCUUACGAAAAAUGUAUCAACCCCUCAAAAAUGUCUAUUAAUUAUAAUACACAUAAUAAUUCACAUUUCCUGUUGCUGCAGGAUUUUUGUCCUGCUGUAGCAAACUGGCUCAAAUUAAGAUCCUACAUCUGUACACACACUCUCACCUCGCUACAUCAAGAUAGAUCAUCUUUCUCCAUCUUUCACCUCUCACAGUGUGAUGAUUGUGGCCAAUACGUGAUAAUGGAUGAGAGAAAUGGGAAGAUCGGGAGAGUUAAUAAAUGUAAUGUGAAAUGGGGAAAAGCUAUAGAGUGAGGGAAAUUGAAGACAGGGCACGUAGGGAUAGAAAGAUUGAGUGGAUCGAGAGAAAAGUAGAGUGUGAUUGAACUCUCAAAUGUCUAUGAUUUAGGUGUGAAUUUGCAAUUAGCAUUAUGUAUGAGCAGAGCGCUGUAGAGAUGAUGGGAUACACCCAUGGGGCUAUAGGACUGGGGAAACACAAACCGGAAUGGAGGAUUAGAGUUAAAAGAGGCAAGGGAUGAGGGAAUGCAUGAAGAGAUGAGGUUCUGGACUGCAUGAGAGAGAGAGAGAAAGAAAGAGAGAGAUAUAUAUUUAAAAAGUGUUCACAGCCUCCGAGAGCCUUCUGAAGUACACCACAAAAUAAACUGUGACCAGAGGAAAUAGAGGGAGAAGGAGAGAGAAAGAAAGAGAGACAGAGAGUGGUAGAAGGAGGGAGAGAGGGAGAAAAAAGCAAAAGGGGAGGCAAGUGAGAGGGAGGGAGAGAGAGAAAGACAGUGAGCCCAGGAAGCACUGUGGGCAGGAGAGCUGGUGUUUUCCCUGUCUUUGAUCUCUUAUUAGGAUCACUGGUAGCACCACUGAUACCAUGAAUACAUCCUGUCAUUAUUCUAUUUGGGCUCAAGCAGCGUUUUAAUAUGCAGAGAUGUUCUGUAAAUAACCAUGGCUGCAACGCGUCCACUUCCUCCAAGCCAAUCAAAAUCUGGAUUGAACACAGAAUUUGCAUAUUGGAUCUACACAGGGACAUUUCGUGGCAUGGGAUGGCGGGAGGGAGGGAGGGAAUGGAUGACAAUAGAAGAGCGAGAGAAUGAGGGAGAGGGAUGGAAAGAGAGAGUGAAUUAGUUUUUAGCCUUGGCAAGGAGGCUGGGUUAUAUAAUUCCUGCCAAUGAAGCAGUUUUGGGUGAGCAGUGAGCAGGAGGAGGAAGACUGGCCAGGUAGAGGGAUUGAGGGGGGGGGGGGUUAAGACUCUCUCCUCUUGGCCACCGUGAAUCUCCAGCGUGGUAUCAACGUGUAAUGGGCCUGUACAUUUUCCUUAAGCUGCCCUUGUUGUGUGUGGCAGUCGUUGCCAGAGCAGUGUUGGGCUGUGACGGCUUGUCAUAAACGCCAUGGCUAACCAGCUUUAGCUGUUUAAAAGGACUGCAUACACACUGGUGGAAAACAGAGAGAGGUAAAGAGAGAAGGGAUUGAAAGAGAGGGAGAGGAGAGGUUGUGAAGGACAGGGGGGGGUAAUAUAGUGAGAGGAGAGUGAGGUGGGGGGAUAGAGAGAGCGAGAAAGUGUGAGGUAUUUAGAGAGAGAGAGAGAGAGAGAGAGAUGAGAUGAGAUGAGCAGAGCGGUAGGGAGAGAGGGAGGGAAUGGGGUCAUGGAAAUAUGGUGAAGGUCAUAAAGAACAUGAAGGUCAAAAGAUAGCUGUGAGAAGGAUGGGAGGGGUGAACAGAGAUGUGAGGUGGGGUGAGAUGAAGAGAGGAGCAGUGAGAAGAGAGGAGAGUGUAAAGCAGGGGAGAGGAAGAGUAGAUGUGUGAGAAAGAGAAAUAGAAUCAUACAAAAGGGAGAACAGAUCAUUUUAUGGUGAUUCUGCUGUUAGAGAGAGAGAGAAUAUGUUUGUCCUCAUGUCCUCUCUCUCAAUCCCUCUCCCUCUCUCUCCCUUCCUCCCUGUCCUGAACAAAACAGGAUGAUUAUACUGCAGACUUGAGCUGCAGAACAAAUCACAUUUAGGGAAGGAGAGUGUGGAGAUAGAACCAUGCGGGAAUGAGAGAUACCCACUGAGUCAGAGAGAGAGAGGCAGACAGAGAGGGGGAGUAUUGCAGAAUGGAAGGAAAGUAUCGCAAGAUUAGAGGCUAGAUGAAGGAAGAGAGAAAUGGAUAGAGGGAGGCAAGUAAAAGACAGUGAAUAUGCGCAGAGAAGAAGAGAGGAGGAAUGAGAGAUGAAGGUAUAGAAGGAGCAUGGGGGAUUAGUGCAGGGAGAAGGUGAGGGAAAGAGGGAGGGAGAUAAUGAUAUUAGAGGUGAAAAGAAUACAGCAGGGGGAAAAUUAUGAGCUCCACUGACCAACACGAAGAGAGGGAGAGAGAGAGGAGGAGAACAGAAUGAGAGCAAUAAGCGACCAGAAAGAAGUGAGAUUUUUUUAUUUAUUGUUUAUUUCACUUUUGUUUAUUAUCUAUUUAACUUGCUUUGGCAAUGUAAACACAGAGAGAGAGAGAGAGAGAGAGAGAGAGAGAGAGAGAGAGAGAGAGAGAGAGAGAGAGAGAGAUGGGAAGAAAAUAGGGAUAUAGAGAGUGAACAGAACAAGGUAAUGAGAAAUAGAAGAAGCUAGAUUUGUAAAGGAUUAUGUAUUAUUUAUAGGUGGGGCUUUUUUUGUAGAUUUGAUUGGCAGAGUGUUAGAAUCCUGGGAGAGAUGGAGUGAUAAUUUUAGACCAGAAAGAGAGACAGAAGAGGGAGGAGAGGAAGGAUAAUAAUCUUAUUCUGUCAGCUUUUUCACCGACAGACACACACACACACAGACAGACACAGCAUAGGGAUAGUGUAGUGUGGAAUGGAUAUGUUCCAGUGAAAUAAGAGUUAUAAAUGGUGAAAUGGUUAGAACAGUACAUCCCAACAAAGCUGAGGCUGAGAGAGAAUGCUUUAUUGAUUUAAUUACAGUAGAGAAAAUGACUUGAGGGACUGCUACGGUGUGUGUGUAUGUAUGUACGGUGUGUGUGUAUGUAUGUACGGUGUGUGUGUAUGUAUGUACGGUGUGUGUGUAUGUAUGUACGGUGUGUGUGUAUGUAUGUGUGCAUGCGUUUAGGCCUAUCUCCAUACAAACUCAAUCAACACACCUGUUUCUAAGUGGCACAUCCCAUCUCCUUUCCACUCCUCUAUUCCCCAAUGCAACUCUUCCUUUGGUCCAUGUUGUUAAAUGAGAAUGUGUUGUCAACCCACUUAACUGGUAAAAAAAACAUUCACUUUCAUUGGGAAAGACAGCUGUUUUCUUAACCUGUUGUGUAGCCUAGCUAGACUCAACCUCAUGUGAAGUAGGCCCAGUGAUGUUUUACCUGUGAGUUUAGAGGCAUUAUGACCUUGUCCCUCUGGCUGGCUGCUAGCCUAUCUCUCCUGUCUUGUUAUUGACCUGGAGGCUGUGUGUGUGUGUGUGUGUGUGUGUGUGUGUGUGUGUGUGUGUGUGUGUGUGUGCGCGCGCGUCGUUGUCUUGAAUUCUCCAUGGCGGUAACUCAGUCCACUAAUCCUACAGUAAGCUACACGCUGAGCCAUUCUAGGAUUUACUGAGACCCCUCCGUCUUCAUAUGCCUGGCUGUGGUCCCAACUUCCACCCUCCUCUAACCUUCCUUAUAACUCAGCUUCACCUUGGGAACCAUUUAGGACGCCCGGGAUACAGCCUUGUUUAUUUAUACCUAUAUGUAUUAUUUAUUUAUUUGUUUAUGCAUUUUGAAAAUGAUUGGCUGUCUGGGCGCUGUGUAGCUGGCGUAAAUAAAUGCACCUUUUCAGGGCCGUGGAGAGAGUGGAGGGGAGCUCUGAUAGGGGCCUUUCACUGCGAUGAAACACUGCCCCCACUUGGCCGAAAGGAGAACUGACAAUAAUAUAUUGUUUUAUUUAUCUGUUUUUCAAACUGUCAGUACACCGUUUCGGUAUCGAUCGCCUUACAUUCUCUCUCAAUCUAAUUCCGUGCUUGUGGAGUAUUUUAUUAUGGCCCUGAUUUUAAUGGGGUCAGGAUUAAUACUUCUGCCACGGAGCGUCUUUUCACUCUUUUAGUCACACUACUAGAAGGAUAGCCCUGCCUAUUGGUAUUCACAAGCCCCUGGCCUACAGUGGAUGGAUGACUAUAAAAACUACAGUUAAAGUGCCAGGGCCACCGUGGGGCCAUGCUGAGGGGACCUGCGUCAUCCCAUAUCUCUCUCCCAGCUGUGGUGUUAUUAUACCCCUGCUCUGCGCCUCCAUUCAUUUCCUGGCUUGACUGUUCUGUUCUAUCCCUGUCUCCCGCCACCCUCGCCUGGUCCCGUUGGCUUGGCAGCCAGGUGGUGGAUGUGUCAUGCACAGCGCAGGGCUGCCUGCCUGGUCUGUCUGUCUCUAAACCAGCAGCAGCAUCGGCGGGUAUCUAGGCCUUAUCUCCAUUGAAGAGGUGACAGCUGGCGGAGGAAGUGGAAGCAAUGGACUCUAAUUACUCCUAUUUUCUAGCCUCAGCCUCAAACAUCCCGCCACUUCUUUCUGCCUGGAGUUGUAUGUGCUGUUUUGAUACUAAUUACUCACAAUUACUUCCCGGGCUGGGCCUCUGCUUGAUAUAUGGUGCUGCUAUUACAAUUAGCAUCAAUAAAACAAUGGCGGCCAAGUUGCCGGUUGCCAGGGUGAUGAGUAAUACCAGUUAUUAAGUAGCCUAAAUAAUUGGGAUGGCGAACGCUGAUGGCCGUGAUAUGAAUCACAAUAUUGAUGUAGAGAAUGGGGAAUAAUAAUGACUCCAAUUAGUGAUAAUUGUCCAGGAUUUUUUGUGACGUCCUCUUUGUGUCCUCUCUCUCUCUCUCUCUCUCUCUCUCUCUCUCUCUCCUCUCGCUCUCUCUCUCUCUCUCCGUCUAUCUCCUCUCUCUCUCUCUCUCUCUCUCUCUCUCUCCGUCUCUCUCUCUCUCUCUCUCUCUCUCCGUCUCUCUCUCUCCGUCUCUCUCUCUCUCCUCUCUCUCCUCUCUCUCUCUCUCUCUCUCUCUCUCACUCUUUCUUUAUUUCUCUCUCUCUCUUUAUUUCUCUCUCUCUCACUCACUCACUCACUCACUCACUCACUCACUCACUCACUCAUUCACACACACACACACACAGGUUCACUAGAGUGCAGAUAUUGUCAUUCCCAAAGUAGUUAACUCAGCAACUCGUGACUGUCAGCGCCCAUCUGUCUGUCCCACACUAUUUCCACAGCCUUCUAGAAUACUUUUCACAGGGUUGGAUAGAACACGGCCAGAUCCUGUAUAAUGUAGGCAUGUCUCUGUAUUGACUUGCUUUAGUGGCUUCUCCAUCACCCAGUUUCAAUAUCAAUGUUGUUCUUUAUGUUAAGUACUCCUUCUGGGCUGUGAGUGUGAAACACACAACCACACACACAACCACAAACACACACACACACACACACACACACACACACACACACACACAACCACAAACACACACACACACACACACAACCACAAACACGAGCCACCAUUACAUUACCAUGACCUCAGUUCAAACUGCAAUGCCCAAUACAGACAGGUUGCAAGAAGGCUGAACUCCAAACCAUGAUUACCUGUAUGUGUGUGUGUGUGUGGCUGCGUAUGUGCAUACGUGUGUGAAGGGAUGCAUACGUGUGUGAGCCGAGAGAGAAGGGUAGAGAGAGCGUAUGUAGGAGAAAGAGAGAGAGGCUUAUAUGUGUCUCUGUGUGUGUAUUACUCCUGUUGGCCACUUAGCUUGUAUGGCUCCCAUCUGCCUCUAAUGAUGAACCCACAGUCCAAUGUGUGUGUUGUGUUGCUACAGUAUGUCAGUCUCUCUAUUAGGACUGUGUUAGGCUAAUGGCUGCUAAUGAUAAUAAUGAGAACAGUCCAACCACCAAGCUCAUUUACCGCUCUCCCUGCCUGUGUCCAUGUCAAUUAAUAACAGCAUUUGUUUCUCUCUCUCUCUUCGUCACCAUCUCUCGCACUCUCUCUCUCUCUCGCUCUCUCUCGCGCACUGUUUCUAUCAGUUUCUCUACAUCUCUCCCACUCCUAAUGCUACUCAGAGCCAUGUUAUAUGACUCUGCUGCUACUAUCCUUCAAAAAGGACACUAGUAUUCAUGAAUCAUGAAUCAUGAAUCAUGUUCCAGUGUAGCUCAGUUGGUAGAGCAUGGCGUUUGCAAAGCCGGGUGUAGGGGUUUGUUUUUUUUCCCCGGGGACCAGUAGAAAAAAAGAAAUGUAUGCCUUACUAACUUUAAGUCGUUGGAUAAGAGGUUCUAAAGACUAAAUUUACCCCCCCUUAAGAAAGUAUCAAGUCUAUGUAUAUUGACUGUCAAUGGAGCAGAAUCAAUGGUUGUUUACUUGCUUUUCUGUGAAUGUUGGGGUUUGUAUUGAGGUUGAAACUAAAUAUGUCUCUCUCUCUCUCUCUCUCUCUCUCUUCUCUCUCUCCUCUCUCUCUCUCUCUCUCUCUCUCUCUCUCUCUCUCUCUCCCUCUCUCUCUCUCUAGCACGUUGCCAGGCGGUGCAGGCUGAGAAUGUGACUGUGUUGGAAGGAGGCACGGCCCAGAUCUCUUGCCGUCUGCAGAACUAUGACGGCUCCAUCGUGGUUAUCCAGAACCCUCGCAGACAGACCCUGUUCUUCAACGGCACACGAGGUCUGUGUGUCUGUGUUUAUGUUUAUGCGUGUGUGUUUCUUCAUGUAUGUGAGAGAGGGAAACAGUGAGGUUUCAAAAUUCAUCUCUGUGGUCAGGGUUUGAAGCCACCAGAUCAAUGUCAUUAUGAGGGAGGUCAAACUAUUGAACUGGCCUCUUUAGUUUUAAUAAGGUCUCAGUUCAUUAUGGAGGAGUACUUUAUAGGAACCUCCAAAUACUUCUAAAAUGCAUACUCCUCUCCCUACCUCAUUACAAUAAGAACAUGGAUCAGACCUCUUCUGCCAGAUCAAAGCAGUAUAUUGAAGCCUUCCGUCUAACUAGCCCUCUUUGUCAGAUCAGGACUACCGGUUCACACUAUUAAGUAUUUAGAGUCGCUCGCUCCCCGAGGAGGAGAACCUUUUUUUCAGUCUGAAAGCAUGAUGGACCUUAAUAGGACAGAGUCAGAGAGAGAAGGAGAGAUAGAGAGAGAAGGAGAGAGAGAGAGAGAGAAGAGAGAUGAAGAAAAAGAUAGAGAGAGAGAGCGCAGGAUAAUCUAGAGAGAGAAGGAAAGGGAGAGACAGAGAGAAGAAUAGGGAAGAGAGAGAGGAAUCGAUGAGAGACGGAGAGCUCUCUGAGCGAAGGAGAGAGAGAGGUCUCCGCGCUUCUUCUUCUCCGUCUCUCCUUUCUCUUCUCAGAGAGAAGGAGAGAGAGAGAGAGAGGUUAGGUAUUAUAGAGAAUGGGUUUACCUCUCUCUAGCUCUCUACUCUCUCACACACACUGCAGGGCGAUUUUCCAACUGCCUAACCCAUUUUACCAAGUUAUUGGCAGGGGAGCAGAGUAACCCAUGGUGUUUCUGGCAGCCUUCCGUGCUGAACCAUUCCCCUCUAUAACUGUAGAAAGGUUAGGUAAAGGGAAUGAGGCAAUGAGCUGUCCAGCUACAGCACUAAACCAAUGGGCUCUAAUGACGAGUGUGUCUCAAAUAGCACACUAUUCCCUUUACAGUGCACUACUUUAAACCAGGUCCCAUAGGGCUCUGGUUUAAAGUAGUGCACUAUAUAGGGAAUCGGGUGCCAUUAUGGACACACCCAAGGUCUUUUAAUUAGGCUGUCCAGCAUAGAAACAGACUAUAGGAACAGUAAUAGACCUGUCCAAGAGGACUCUGUGUCAGAAGGUGUGCUGUGAAGGUGUGGUGCAGGAAUCAAGCGCAGGACGCAGGAACUUAGUCCAAUAGACUUUAGUGAACCAAAACUCAAAACGAGUCAAAAGAGCUUGGAUACGAGCGAUUACGCACACAGGCGUAAAAUCAAACAAAAUAACAAUAACGCACAAACACGUGCGAGAACCUCUCCAACACAGAGGAGCGAACGAAGCACAGACAUACACGACAGCAAGUUCAAUCACACACAACACAUGACAAACACAACGAGAACUUAUAGGACAAUAAUGAACGCUAAACGAUAACAGGUGUACAACAUCAAGACAAAACCAAACGAACAUCGAAACAUACAACAGUGGCAGCUAGUGCUCCGGAGACGACGACCGCCGAAGCCUGCCCGAGCAAGGAAGAGAGGCAACCUCGGCCGAAACCGUGACAGUACCCCCCCCUUGACGCGCGGCUCCAGCCGUGCGCCGACCCCGGCCUCGGGGACGACCAGGAGGACGCGGAGCAGGGCGCGUCGGGUGACUACGGUGGAAUUCUGUCAGGAGAGACGGAUCCAAAAUGUCUCUCCUCGGCACCCAGCACCGUUCCUCCGGGCCGUACCCCUCCCACUCCACGAGAUAUUGGAGACCCCCCAUCCGACGUCUCGAAUCCAAGAUGGACCGCACGGUGUACGCCGGUGCCCCCUCGAUGUCCAAUGGGGGCGGAGGAGUCUCUCUGAUCUCAUCUUCCUGGAGUGGACCAGCUACCACCGGCCUGAGAAGAGACACAUGGAAUGAGGGGUUAAUACGAUAGUCACUAGGCAGUUGUAAUCUGUAACACACCUCGUUCAAUCUUCUCAGGACUUUAAACGGCCCCACAAACCGCCGACCCAGCUUCCGGCAGGGCAGGCGGAGGGGUAGGUUUCUGGUAGAGAGCCAGACUCGAUCACCAGGUACGUACACCGGCCCCUCACUGCGGUGGAGAUCGGCGCUCGCCUUCUGACGACGGAUGGCCCACUGCAGGUGGACGUGUGCAGCGUUCCACGUCUCCUCCGAGCGCCGCACCCACUCAUCCACCGCAGGAGCCUCGAUCUGGCUCUGCUGCCAUGGUGCCAGAACCGGCUGGUAACCUAACACACAUUGGAAAGGGGUUAGGUUAGUUGAGGAGUGGCGUAGGGAAUUCUGGGCCAUUUCUGCCCAGGGAACAUACCGUGCCCACUCCUCCGGCCGGCCCUGGCAGUAUGAUCUAAGAAACCUACCCACAUCAUGGUUCACACGUUCCACCUGCCCAUUACUCUCUGGAUGGUAACCCGAGGUAAGACUCACCGAGACCCCCAAACGCUCCAUAAAUGCUCUCCAGACUCUGGAGGUGAACUGGGGACCUCGAUCAGACACAAUAUCCUCGGGUACCCCAUAGUGCCGGAAAACAUGGGUGAAUAGCGCUUCGGCGGUCUGUAGGGCAGUAGGAAGGCCCGGCAUAGGGAGCAAACGACAGGCCUUAGAGAACCGGUCCACAACGACCAGUAUAGUAGUAUUCCCCUGCGAGGGGGGAAGGUCAGUGACGAAGUCCACCGAGAGGUGAGACAAUGGUCGUUGUGGAACGGGCAGGGGUUGUAACUUACCCCUAGGCAGAUGUCUAGGCGCCUUACACUGGGCGCACACCGAGCAGGAGGAGACAUAAACCCUCACAUCCCUGGCUAACGUGGGCCACCAGUACUUAGCACUAAGGCAGUGCACUGUCCGGCCAAUACCAGGAUGUCCAGAGGAGGGUGACGUGUGAGCCCAAUAUAUCAAUCGAUCCUGAACCUCGAGCAGGACGUACGUCCGACCCUCCGGGCAUUGAGGAGGACUAGGGUCGGUGCGCAACGCCCACUCGAUUUCAGCAUCGACCUCCCACACUACCGGUGCCACCAGACAAGACUCCGGCAGUAUGGGAGUGGGCUCCACGGACCUCUCCUCCGUGUCAUACCGCGAGACAGUGCGUCUGCCUUACCGUUCUGUGACCCAGGGAUGUACGUGAUCUUAAAUACGAACCGGGCCAAAAACAUGUUCCACCGCGCCUGGCGAGGGUUCAGUCUCCUAGCUGCCCGGAUGUACUCCAGGUUACGGUGGUCAGUCAAAAUGAGAAAAGGGUGUUGAGCCCCCUCAAGCCAAUGCCUCCACACCUUUAGGGCCUCUACCACGGCUAACAGCUCCCUGUCCCCUACGUCAUAAUUUCGCUCCGCCGGACUGAGCUUUUUGGAAUAAAAGGCACAGGGGCGGAGUUUAGGUGGCGUGCCGGACCGUUGCGAAAGCACGGCCCCUAUACCGGCCUCUGACGUGUCCACCUCAACCUGAAAUGGUAAAGCGGGAUCCGGAUGCGCCAGCACCGGAGCCGAAGUAAACAGGUCCUUCAGUCUCCCAAAAGCCCUGUCCGCCUCGGCUGACCACUGCAAACGCACCGGACCCCACUUCAAAAGAGACGUUAUGGGAGCUGCCACCUGUCCAAAACCCCGGAUAAACAUCCGGUAGUAAUUUGCAAACCCCAAAAACUGCUGCACCUCUUUAACAGUGGUUGGAGUCUGCCAGUUACGCACGGCUGACACCCGGUCAACUUCCAUCUUCACCCCUGACGCAGACAACUGAUAACCCAAAAAGGAGAUCGACUCCUGGAAAAACAGACAUUUCUCUGCCUUGACAUACAGGUCGUGCUCCAACAGCCUCCUCAACACUCGGCGCACCAGGGCCACAUGCUCGACUCGGGUAGACGAGUACACAAGAAUGUAAUCUAUGUACACGACCACCCCCUGCCCCUGCAUGUCCCUGAAGAUCUCAUCCACGAAUGAUUGGAAAACUGAAGGAGCGUUCAUCAACCUGUAUGGCAUGACAAGAUACUCGUAAUGACCCGAGGUGGUACUAAACGCUGUAUUCCAUUCAUCGCCCUCUCUAAUGCGUACCAAGUUGUAAGCGCUCCUGAGAUCUAAUUUUGUGGAAAAACGUGCCCCGUGCAAUGACUCCGUCAUGGUCGCAAUCAGAGGAAGUGGAUAACUGUACUUCACCGUGAUCUGAUUGAGACUACGGUAAUCAAUGCACGGGCGUAACCCUCCAUCCUUCUUCUUCACAAAAAAGAAGCUCGAGGACGCAGGGGAAGUGGAUGGCCGUAUGUAUCCUUGUCUCAGAGAUUCGUCUAUGUAAGUCUCCAUAGCUCUCUUCUCCUCUUGAGACAGAGGAUACACAUGGCUCCGUGGGAGCGCAGCUCCUGCCUGGAGGUCUAUCGCACAAUCUCCCUGCCUAUGAGGAGGUAACUGCGUCGCCCUCGACUUACUGAACACAAUAGCCAAAUCCUCAUACUCGGGGGGAAUGUGCAAUGCGGGCACCUGGUUUGGACUCUCCACCGAGGUAGCCCCCACGGAAACACCUAAACAUCGCCCCACACACUGGGCAGACCACUCCAUCAGAGCCCUCUCCUGCCACGAAAUAGAUGGAUUAUGGAUACUCAACCAGGGCAUUCCCAGCACCACCGGAUACGCAGGAGAGUCGAUCAGAUAUAGCUGGAUAAUCUCCUCAUGACCCCCCUGCGUACACAUCCUAAGUGGUGCUGUGACUUCCCUGAUCAAGCCCGAUCCCAACGGACGGCUAUCUAGGGCAUGAACGGGGAAUGGGACGUCAACAGGAAGAAGGGGAAUCCCUAAUUCUAAACUAAAUUUACUAUCAACAAAAUUCCCAGCCGCGCCUGAAUCUACUAGCGCCUUAUGCUGGGAAUGAGGUGCAACCUGUGGAAAUCGCACAGGUAUACAGAAGUGCGCAACAGAGAGCUCUGGGUAAGUGGGGCGCCUACUCACCUGGAAGGACUCCCCAGUGCGGAGCCUGUCGUCUUCUCCCCUAGGAGACCCUCCCCAGCACCUAGCCACGGUGUGUCCGCCACGGCCACAGUUGGUGCAGGGGACGGCCCCCCUCGUGCUCCAAACCCUCCUCUCUCUAGUGCCAGCACCCCCGAGCUCCAUAGGGCUCGGCUCGGAGGUGCUGGAGGAUGGAAUGGACGGACCCCCCUCGGAACGUCCGCGGGUAGCCAGCAGGGUGUCCAGCCUGAUGGACAUGUCCACUAACUGAUCGAAAGUGAGGCUGGUAUCCCUGCAGGCCAGCUCCCGACGGACGUCCUCUCGUAGACUACAGCGGUAGUGAUCGAUGAGGGCCCGCUCAUUCCACCCUGCAUCCGCCACUAGAGUUCGGAAUUCUAAAGCGAACUCCUGGGCGCUCCUCCUCCCCUGCCGGAGGUAGAAUAGACGCUCCCCCGCCGCUUUCCCCUCAGGUGGAUGGUCAAACACAGCCCUGAAGCGGCGGGAGAACUCUGAGUAGGUGAUAAUGGAGGCGUCUAUUCUCCUCCACUCGGCGUUGGCCCAUUCCAACGCCUUGCCGGUGAAACAGGAGAUGAGGGCGGACACGCUCUCGUGUCCUGAGGGCGCCGGGUGUACGGUGGCCAGGUAUAGCUCCACCUGUAGAAGGAAGCCCUGACACCCGGCAGCGGUCCCAUCAUAUGCCCUCGGGAGCGAGAGCCGAAUUCCCCUGGGUUCCGGAGCUUGUAUGGGCUGACUGGCCGAUGGUGAUGGCACGGAAGGUGGAGGUGUGGGUGUCCCUCUGGUCUCCCAGCGUUGAAGCGUGUUGAUCACGUCCUGAAGGGUGGUCCCGAUACGAAGGAUCUGGUCGUUCUGCUCGCGGACCCGCUCCUCCAGAGACUCAGGUGCUGCUGCGGCUCCUGCUGAUUCCAUCUUCGGUGUGUGAUUCUGUCAGAAGGUGUGCUGUGAAGGUGUGGUGCAGGAAUCAAGCGCAGGACGCAGGAACUUAGUCCAAUAGACUUUAGUGAACCAAAACUCAAAACGAGUCAAAAGAGCUUGGAUACGAGCGAUUAUGCACACAGGCGUAAAAUCAAACAAAAUAACAAUAACGCACAAACACGUGCGAGAACCUCUCCAACACAGAGGAGCGAACGAAGCACAGACAUACACGACAGCAAGUUCAAUCACACACAACACAUGACAAACACAACGAGAACUUAUAGGACAAUAAUGAACGCUAAACGAUAACAGGUGUACAACAUCAAGACAAAACCAAACGAACAUCGAAACAUACAACGGUGGCAGCUAGUGCUCCGGAGACGACGACCGCCGAAGCCUGCCCGAGCAAGGAAGAGAGGCAGCCUCGGCCGAAACCGUGACACUCUGUGGAUCCCAUCUAUCUCAUCUAGCUCUGACUGCCUGUGGAUCCCAUCUAUCUCCUCUAGCUCUGACUGCCUGGCAUGCAAAUGAGCUGGGACAAAAGGUGAAAUAGGACUUGAACAAAGCUGUGACAUUUAGUUGCCAUUUAGUGAGAGGGGGAAAAUAAUAUGUAUUUUUCUGUCAGGAUUCAGGAAUCACUCUCACAUUCAGGGAGCUUAGUGAAAUAGUAUUCUAAGGCAAAUGUAUACUAUUUUUCUCUCUGUCUACAAUAUAUUUAUCUGUGUUUCACACAGACACAGAACACACACACACACAUACACACACUAAACCUCGGAUAUAAUGAAUGAUGUUGUGAAAUGGUGGAGUAUUACACCAGGGAAGAGAGAAGCAAUUCUCCCAAUGCAGAAGCAAACACAAAAGAGCAGGGAGAACGAGAGUAAUAAAAAGAGAGGAAGAGAGGGAGGUAGAGAGGAAAGAGAGAGGUUGUGCAGUCAGUCAGUCAGUCGAUACAAAGUGGGUUUGGGGAGGUUUAUGAGACAAUGGCCAUCGAGUCCCUGUCACACUGAUGGUUAUUAGUAUUAUUUGUUAUUAUCAUGAUUUUCUCACAAUUGAUUUUUCCCUUUCUCUGACAACGAAAGAAAAAUAGUUUUGCUCUCUCCCUAUGUCCUUUCUCUAGGUUCUCUCUCUUCUCACCGCCUCUGUGGUUACUAUGAUACUAUGGCCUUGGUCAGGAGGUCACAGUGGAUUGUUGGAUUAACCAUGUUUCAUUCUUCUUCUCCUUCACUAUCCCCCUUUCUAUUGUUACUCCCCCUGUCCUCUUUUCUUUUGGCCUUGCUUUUCUUUCCAUAUAUUUAUGCGUUUAUCUCCAAUUGUGUCUUGACUCCCUCCUACACUCUCUUCCUCCCUGUCUCCCUAUAUUCCUCCAUCCCCUCCCCAGCGUUGAAGGACGACCGUUUCCAGAUGGUACUCUUCACUCCCCGCCUCGUGCGCAUCACCCUCACCAACGUGAGCGUGUCGGACGAGGGCGGCUACUUCUGCCAGCUCUACACCGACGACACCCACCACCAAGUGGCCACGCUAUCCGUGUCCGUCCCUCCCGACACCCCCACGGUGGAGGUGAAGCAGGAGGCCGUGGAGGGGGGCGAGGUGGAGCUCACUUGUCUGUCGCCACGCAGCAAGCCCCCCGCCACGCUGCGCUGGAUCAGGGACCGCCGGGAGAUACCAGGUCUGUCCAUCCUUUGAAGAUCUAUGUCGCUCUGUCAUUCUAUCUAUCAGUAUCUGUCUGUCUGUCUUUGUUCAGUCAUACCUCUCUCUCUGCAUCUCUCUCGCUCUCUCUCUCUCUCUGUUCACUUCCUGCAUUCCCUAUCUAUCCGCCUGCCUGUCUCUGUGUCAAUCUAUCAAUCUGUCUCUCUUUCUCAAACUCCAGUAUACUCUCUCAUUUUCUGUCUAGCCUUCAAUCUAGCUCCCCCUUUACUCCCCAUCUGAUAAGCCUUCCAUCCUGCUAUCACUCUGUUUACCAUUUAAUCUGUCCUUCUGUCCAUCUCUUUCUCUCUGUUUGUCUAUCCCUCUGUCUGUCCUGUUAUACCCUCCACCUCUCUCUUAUUUCGCUAUUUUUUUCUCUCACUCCCUCUCUCACUCCCAUCCUGUCUCUCCAUCUCAAUCUCCAACUCAGCACGUCUCUGUGCCCUUACACUCUGUCCUUUCCCUCACUCCUCUUCUCUUCAUCCCCUCUUCCUCUCCUCCUCUUCUCUCUCUCUGUCUCCUCCUUUCAUGCCGUGUUCACAAAGAUGUCUGUCCCCUGAUGUGACAAGGUUACGUAGCAAGCGCCGUGGGCUGAUGCGUGGGGCCUACAGCAGCCAGCAGACAGCCCUGCUUUCUGUUCUGCUCUGUUGUGCUGUGGAGGGGGUCCUGUGACAUUAAAGGUUAGGCUCCAGAUCCUGACAGAUAGAAUGUAUCAGUAAUUAAGACAGUAUCUCCCUGCCCUCAUCUCACGCUUCAAUUGGGCCUGCUUUUGUUCACUCAGCUGAAAUAAUUGAAAACUCAGCAUGGUGUUAGUUAUUGUCAUAUUUUUACAAAUUGCUAUUACGUGACCGCGAGGCCUCAGUUUUGGCCUCUACCAUCCCUCCUCCUCUUCCUCCUCCUCUUCCUUCUCCUCUUCUUCCCCUGCCUCUUUUGGAGUCUUUUUAUAUUUUUAAUCGCAUCUCACGCUCUCUUUAUCUGUCUUUUAUGUCUGAGCCUGUCCGGAUCCCUCUCUCCUCUUCUCCUUGUCAUCAAUCACGCCCUUCUCACUCUCUCCAUGUGUCCUUCUCUCUUCUCCCUUCUCUCUUUCUUCUUUCGCCCGCUCCCUUUCCCUCUCUUCUCUGUUGCUAUCGCUCCUCGUCCUCUGUCUGACUCAAUACAAUUCUGAUAUGCUCCCUCCCUCCCUCCCUCCCCUUCUCUAGGUGUGGUGUCCCAGCAGGAAAAUGGGAAGACAGUGAGUGUGUCCAGUACCAUCCGUCUACCUGUGGAGAGGAAAGACAACGGGGCAGCGGUCAGCUGUGAGGCCUCCCACCCCGCCCUGGGGGGUCAG